GGUAGCCGGGGGUCAUGUGACCCGCAUGCCGGCAGAGCGCGUCGCACGCAGCGUGGAAGCCGGGAGCCAAGAUGGAGGAGUACGCCCGCGAGCCGUGCCCCUGGAGAAUAGUGGAUGACUGUGGAGGUGCCUUCACAAUGGGAGCCAUUGGUGGUGGGAUCUUUCAAGCCAUCAAAGGGUUCAGAAAUUCCCCAGUGGGUGUAAAUUAUCGAUUGCGGGGUAGUUUGACGGCAGUUAAAACCAGAGCGCCACAGUUGGGAGGUAGCUUUGCUAUCUGGGGUGGUCUGUUUUCCAUGAUUGACUGCAGUAUGGUGAAAGCAAGAGGAAAAGAAGAUCCUUGGAACUCCAUCACCAGUGGUGCCUUAACAGGAGCCAUAUUAGCGGCGAGAAAUGGACCAGUUGCCAUGGUUGGGUCUGCAGCCAUGGGAGGAAUUCUUCUAGCUUUAAUUGAAGGAGCAGGUAUCUUAUUAACAAGAUUCGCGUCUGCACAAUUUCCAAAUGGCCCUCCAUUUUCAGAAGACCCCUCUCAGUUGCAGCCCUCUCCUUUUGGAGACUACCGGCAGUACCAGUGAUUUCUUGUAUUUCUGUUCCAUUUUGUCACUCUUAAAAGAACAAAAUCAGCUGAAGACUUUUCAU